ACAUAUAUAUAGCCCUAGCGGUUCCCUUCUAAUUUCUGUGCUCUCUGGAUCUUUCAAUUUUCACUCAAUAAACCCUACUCUCUCGAAAUCUCCCCAUUUCGGUCCUUCGAAAGUUCAUACAUGGAGUUCUGGGGUGUUGAGGUAAAAAGCGGAGAGCCUCUUAAUGUGUCGCCAGGUGAUGGAAUGGUUUUGCAUCUUUCUCAGGCAUCUCUUGGUGAACUGAAAAAGGAAAGAGGAAAAGAAUCUGUAUGCCUGUUUGUGACUGUUGAUGAUAAGAAACUAGUUCUUGGAACACUUUUCACUGAGAAGUUGCCUCAGCAGCAGUUUGACUUAGUUUUUGAUCGGGAUUUUGAGAUAUCUCACAACUGGAAAAAUGGAAGUGUCUACUUCUAUGGUUACAAGGCCAGCAACCCCUUUGAAGAAGAGGACUUGCCUGGGGGAGAAUCUGACGAUUCUGAUUCAGAAGAGCUUCCAAUAAACAUUGCAAACAAUGUUGUAGGGAAACCUGAGUCAAAUUCUAAGCAAGAUAAGCCUGUUGAAGCUGGGAAACCUGCUGUUGCUAGUAAAAAGGAGUCUGGUAGCGGCAAGCCUAAAGUGACAAUCUCAGAGCCAAAGAAAGAUUUGAAGCCUGAGGAGGAUGAUGAAAGUAGCGAUGAUGACAUGACCGAUGAUGACGAUGAAGACGAUUCUGAGGACUCUGAUGGACUACCCAAGUCGGAUGACUCUGACGAAUCCGAUAGCGAUGAAGAGACACCAAAAAAGGUUGAACCUAGCAAGAAGCGUCCAGCAGAAUCACCCACAAAAACGCCUUCGAACAAGAAGGCAAAAGCUGCUCAGCAAAAACCCGAUGGCAAGAAAGGUGAACCCCAUGUAGCUACACCUCACCCUGCAAAGCUGGCCGGAAAAGCCGCUCCAGCUCCCAGCAAGCCAAACCAGCAGACUCCAAAAUCUGCCGGAACACAUUCUUGCAAGAGCUGCAACAGAUCAUUUGGGUCCGCCCAAGCUUUGGAUUCUCACACCAAAGCCAAACAUGGAAACUAAAAGUGUCGAUGCGCCUUCUUCUGCCAUCUUGCUGAGCCCAGACAGCAAUUUUUAAGGAACAGAUAAUGUCUCAGAAGGUAUCGAAAUUUAUCUAAGCCUAAUUACUGUUUUUUUAUUUAUGGUAGAUGGAUGGUUUUCUGUGGCUGUGUCAGAGUUUGCUGCAAAUUUAGAGCUGUCGAGUAACCUGGUGUUUUCUUUGACAUUAUCCAACUUGUGCAUUUUGGUAGUGUUUGCGCCGUAAAUUCUUCUCUGUGGUUCUAUGUUUUGGAUGAUGUGUUACUUGAAAGAAGUUUGCCCCAACCAACAAGUAUUUUGUCAUGAAUGAUGUGAGUUCUUUGUUAAUUCCUAGUGUUUUUUUUUUCA